GUGAAGUUGAUUCAGUGCAAAGUUGGUUACUGGAUAUCAGAUUAAUGCCAGAAGAAGAAUGCAUGACUGUCAUGGAGGCCAAACCAAUCCACAAUUCACCGGUGAAUGUGGAAAAUUUAGCCGCAAAGCUGAAAGAAUGUGUCUACAGACUAGAGAGAGUUAAAGAUGGCCUUUUUGCGGAUCUUUCACAGAUUUACAGAGAUCAAAAGGAUGGCAUCACAGACAGUCUUCGACCAUCGAUACUCUCUCUAAAAAUCAGGAUUAGAUCCGGUCUUCUGGAAGUCGCAGAAAUAUGCCCAGAACUCCAAAACAUUGCACAGGAGCAGCAAGGAAUCAUUGAUGAGAUGAAGAACUUAAUCAGGUGCUUUGAUAUGUGUUUAGAUUUAAGUGACCAAUCAGUUGGGAUGUUUAAGCGAUCACUAACGACUAUAGGCAAAGCUCUUAAGGCACAUCUAACUUAUGCUCAAGGAUUUCUUGUUGGGAAACUUGUAGAAAUGUUACAAUCUUCAGCCAGCGAACCCAACGUCAAGUUUGCAGUCUUCACCAUCCGUUGCCUGGCUCAAGAUGGCGUCUGGCUACGGCAGUUGCUGAUAGAACAGGACACCAUGAGAGUGCUGUUGGCCAUUUGUCGUAUCACAACAUUCUCUAUUAGCAGUAUCCCGAUUACAGCCCUCGAGGUGGUGUCCAUUCUUUGCACAGAAAAGAAAGGAAGCGAUGCACUUGAAAAAGUAGGAGGGAUCGGGGCGCUGAGUGAGAUCCUUGCCUCACCUAUCACCUCGGAGGCUAUCAAAAAGGAAGCUGCAUCCGUCCUUGCCGAGAUCGCCUCACCCGAUUCUGACAUCCUUCAACGCGUCCUCUGCUUCAUUGAACACAUGGGAGAUCUACUCAGAAACUUGACAGUCUUGUGUGACCAGACCUCAAAUACCAGUGUAUUUCUGGUAGCAACAACUGCAAUAGCAAACAUCACAUUUAUGGAUCCCAUGGCCUCGGAUUACUUGGCCGAGUUUCGAACUCCAGAAGUCUUGAUAGAAGGCUAUCAGCGAGGAAAAGCACAAAGCAUCUACAGCAAACAUCAGAUCAUCACCAUCAUUGCCAACGUCUCCUGUUCCAAGACCUGCCGGGAACAGAUCGUUUCAUGCGGCGGCAUUAGCAUCCUUGCGGAACUCCUCCAGGGCGAAUCCCUACGUCCCCUCCGCCGAAGGCUAAGCUUUGAUGAGAGUCAACCGGUGGCCGCCCCGAUGGGGGAGGAAAGCACGUAUGAGGAUAUCUUUCACAAGUCGGCGAUUGCUCUGAGUAGGCUCUGCCAGGACCACAAGACUUGCCAGAUUGCUGUUGAUUUAAAAGUUCUGUCCAAUCUUGCCGACUUAUGCGAUAAGGCAAGAGAGAAAAACUACAGACGUGACACAUUAAUUGCCUGUUUGACCGCCCUGAGGAGAAUACACAGCCAGAUCGGUCCGUCACCACUGAAAGGGGCCGAAGUAGAGCAACUCAUCCAGCCUCGACUUUUUGAAUCAUAUCUCCGGUGUUCUAGUCCUGUUAAGAGGGAAACCUUUGUUUGAUAAUUGACCUUCGACCUCUGACCUUGUGAUGAAGAUAUCUUUCGUGGACCUCACACUGCAAAAAGCUGCGGUGUUAAUUUAACACCAGUCCGGAAUCUAUAUAUGACCACACCAGAGAAGGGUUGAAACAACACCGGUUUGAAAUCAAAUCGAUGCUGUUUUAACACUAAUUGGUGUUGUAUACACCUAUCUGGAAUCAGUCCAAAAUCAAACCGGUGUUGUGUAUAGAUUCCGGACUGGUGUUAAAUUAACACCGCAGUUUUUGCAGUACAUCAUCUUCUGUUCUUGCCGUCUUUUGGUUAUGCGAUACAUGUUUGGUUCUUGGUAAUACAUUUUCAAGUAUGAUUUGGUCAGUGUCAAGUCUCCGCUCACUCACAUGCUUCCCGUGCAGCCAAUUAAAACAAAGAAUUUCGAUUAAAAUACUUAAGCCAAUAAAAACGAUGGAUUUCACUUCAAAAUGUUUCAUUCAAUAAAGUUAGCGGUUGGCUAUAUGUCACUGACGACAAACUUUGUGAAAUAGUUCCGAAUAUCGACCCCUUUUUCUCCCAGCCAAUGUCUAAUUAUACCUCAUCUUUUCACGUCUUUACCAUGUUUCUAUCGUUUAGUUAUAUUUGUAUGAAAAAAAGUUAUCUUAAAAAGAAGAAAAUGUUGUUCUUUUCAUUUAUUUUGCCGUUAAUAUAUAAAUUCUAUGAAAAGAUAUAUGCAAAAUUGGUAAUGACCGAAUGCUCAGUACAACAUGCAGUUGGUCAAUUCAUUUAUUGUCAUUAUUUCGUGUGUGAUGUUUAAAAUGGUUUGUCUCGUUUCGAGAGAAAAUAAAGUGCUAUUUUGGUGCAAAAAUGAAGUCUUUUGAUUCAAUACAUAUGUAUUUUGAAAAAAAUAUUGACGAUAAAGAUAUAAAGUAUCCUCUAAUUUUGUAUGUCCAGAUUAUAUUAUUUGUGUUAAAAAAGAAGUUGUAACCCUGUUAGAGAUUUAUGUCUAAAAGUUUAUGUGAUAAAUAUCUUCACACUGAUUUAUAUAUUUUUUUUCCUUAUAGAAUUGGGAAAUAUAUAUGAAAUGAAUGUGUCAAAAUAUAUUAGCACAGAUAAGAUUUUCACGUUUUCUUAUAAAACACAUGCUAAUUUCUAAGAAUGCAACGUUCAAAAGAUAUUCUGAGUAAGAUAUUUUAGUAAUUGUAGUAAUUGUACUGAAAAGGAUGUGUGGGUGCUUUUCAAGAAAUCAUUAAUCAUAAGAUGCCCAACUCUGGAUUUUCAUGUUUGCUCAUAAAAUGUAUAUUCGUGGAAAAAAUAAUGUCGUUACUUAUUACGCAUAGUACUAUUCACCUUUGAAACAUUUUGUAGUUAAAAAUGCUUAUUAUUAUAAAAAUUUGUGAAAAGGGUUUUAAAAUUAUGAACUGUGAUGAAGCAAAUAGGGAUAUAAGAUAGAACAGUAGUGCGUCUGUACAAAAGUUUAUGGUUUGUUAUUUACCUUCUUCUUCUUCUUCUUCUGUUGAUUUCCUCCAGUCCUGGAGAACUGCGAGAUCCAGUGGAUACGCAGAAAAAGUGGUUUGAUAAAUAUGUAUAGAAACAAAAGAGCAAGGCUCAGGAGGAGAUUGGAAUAAAGUGUAUCACCAGACUGUCUA